UGCGAGAGAGGCAAGCGGCAAUUGGAAUGGAAGAGGAAUUCCGAGUGCACACAUACGAAUGCACUCGUACACGGCCACAAAUACGCACUCGCGAAGGAGAACGAACGCAAUUGUAGAAGGGCCCGCGCUUUUGGGAAUUGAACAAUCGACUAGUUUCGGCUUGGGCUUUCUGCCGAUACUUUCGAUACUGAUACUUCGAUACCACGGGCUGGGAUGCCGAUGGCUAUGGCGAUGGCAACAAACAACAGCAACGCCAACAAAACGCAAUAUUUUCACUCUAAAUUAGCUCGACACACACACGCACCGCAUCGGAUCUCACCGCACAUAAAAUAUAUCCGACAAGAAAACGUAACAGACUUCGCCAUGCAGAAAAUGCGAUCUAACCCAAAAAAAAAACUACAUGUGAUUCCAAAAAAAUAUAUAUUAAUAUCGAAUUACUUCUUAGUCAACUAGCCAUAUCUUUCGGUGUUUAGGGGAAACGACAACGCGAGUGAAAUCGUGCAGCAAUAAAGAGCGCGUUUUAAAACUUAGAGGUGGGACACAAUUAUGAAGGUUCCCAGGAAUCAUAUGCGAGCAGCACCAGUUCAAUUAGCAACAAGGGACAAGAUGACACUCAAUUUAAGCGUGAGGCUGAAAAAGCUAUCUGCAUCAUGCCGCCCCGACCGGGAACUACUAUGAUGAACUAUCAGGAGCUAUAUAUUCCACGGAAUCAGCUCACAGAUGUAUAUUACCCUAUUCAGGAGGCGCAACGAUGGCUCACUCUAAUGGACAAGAUGGGAAAGGCACACCGUUUUCCACUGCCUACGAUUCUUCCGAAAGUGAUCCAGACCCGCUACGUGCCAAAGCGGCAUCUUCCAAAAGACGUUGAAGUGGACCGGAGGCGUCGUCAGUACCAGAAGAUCAACCUAGUGAAAGAGCUGGCCAAGGCGGGACUCACUGACAACGUCCUCCAGCCCACCGAGGAACAAUACAAUGUAAUGUCCGAAUUCGCCUUCCCACACAAGUUUCCCCUGAGCUACUUCGACGACAGCAACUUUGACAUAAACUCUCCGGCGGCCUGGUUUGAGCUGGGAGUUGUCGGAGAUGCCCACUACCCGCUUCCAGCGAAGGCGUACCUGCCCUAUAACCAAAGCCUGCUAAACUGCCAGUGGGGCAUGGCAGCUGUUACCGCUCACCACGAGGACUCCGACCUUUGGACACUUUUAUCGCUGGAGGACGGAUGCACCUACACGGUACCUAAGCUUCAGUUCAUGUUCAUGGCCGAAGACCCGCACAAGUACAUCAAGCGGCUGCAGGCCGCUGUUCACGAGCGGCACAAGGGAGAGCAGCUAAUGCUAAUGGAGCUGAUCGUGGAUUGCGUCCUGCACGAGGAUAUUGAGUCCACCGUGUUCUAUAGCUUUAAGCCCAUCGAAUCGGUCCUGCAGGCGGCUAUGGCGUCCGCGCAGUGCAAGAGGCGACUACGCUCCGAGGUAAACUUGGUGUUCGAGCGGCUAAUGGCCCUAUACGAGUUGGAGCAGUUUAUCCUUAAGAUGCCCAAAGAAUUUCCUCAGUUCCGGAACAUUAACCUCAAGGAAUUUCUGCCCCGGUCCUUCGCCGUGGACGUUUCCGGGAGGGAGCGCCUUGAACUGCAGGCCCUUGGCAUAACCAUGCAAGAGAAGCGGUAUGACUUCCUAAAGGCUAGUUUGUUUUACUGUGGCGGUGGCAUCGAGGCCAUGGCCGGAGUGGCUAUCGAGUGCCAGUACAUCGAAACACUUUCGAUCUUCAUCUGCAGCUUUAGCAAACCCCUGGCACUAGUGGACUUCCUGCAGGCGCAGGAGUCGCAUAGCGACAACGUUGCCACGUUCCUUAAGGUCUAUUGGCCGCAACAGCUGACAACGGUCAUUACCGUAGUACUCCGAGCCCUGGGAAAGGGCUGGCUGGACAUCUCACUCACCACUUGGACGGUCUAUCUCAUGUGCAAAAUCUCUCGGUUUAUACUGCAGGUCAAGUUCCGUAUGCAGGAGUCAAUGGAGGUGCUGCUCGAGACGUCUCUGAUAAACUUCUCGCACUUCGUUUGCGACCCUUGCCUGCAAUUCCUUGAAUUGAAGUCCAACUACAAGUGGACCAACAACUACAUAGACACCGAGUUUCCUUUUCAAAAACCUGUAUUUGCCAUGACCCUCGGCAUCAGCGAUGAUCGCAAGGUAUUUUACUCCACUGACCCGGAUGAGUUCCAGCCGGGGCUGGUCGAGAUCUUUAAGAAGUGCCUGGAGAAAUCGGCUGGCGUAAGGUGCAUAGAUGGUUCUGUCAUGAGUUUUUUGAAGUUCGCCCCUAACCUGUAUAUUCUCACGGUAGAGCUUAUUGAGGACAGGUUCCUGAAGGAGAAUGAGCUUCUGAAGAACUGCUACGCCAAGGCGGUGCUGCCCCUCAGGGCAUACGCCCGACACUACGAAAGGUUUAUCGACUUCUAUCUUCUUAAUAUCACAACCUAUAUGCAGGCAUAUGCUCAAGCCCACAAGCCAUCCUCGGAGGUAAAGCGGGACAUUCUCGAAAACAAGCGAUUGAAGGAGGAGGUUCGCGAAAUCCUGCCUGCCUUUAUUACCAUUGGACCGUUUUACAUAAACGUGGAUACAAUGAAGCAGUUUAUGAUAAAGAAACGCAUUGAAGUCGUGAGGCGGAUUUUCGAGUAUUACGUUGACCGAAUGUAUGAGACGAAUGAGGCUCUGCUGGACCGUUGCCUGGAGAUGUUCCGCAGAAUCGCAGAACGUCCAAUUAGCAUUGAACACCUGUACGAGAUUCGCGACUUUGCACAGACUGUUCCGGAUUUAGUGGAUGAGCUAAAGGCUGACAUUCAGGUUAUGUGGCUGGAGUACGACCUGCUGGACAGCUUCUUUUACAACCUGAGUGACCACCAGUUCGCCAUGAAGUGGAACGUGUAUGCAUGGCCGCACCAGAUAAUGGUGCGACUGUCCACCUUGAAAGACGAGCAGAAGUUGGACAUUGAGGAGUUUCUCCGCCUACACGCCAGCGAGUGCCAGGCGUUUGAGGAGCGUCUGGAGUCCCUCAACGACGAGGUACAGGCCUACUCACUGGCGUUUAAUACGAACCGCGCCCAGGAGACGUCAGUAGAUAUUAAAAAGACGUGGGCCUUGAUUAAGGAGCUCGAGAAGAUCAGCCAAACUCUGCAAUUCCGGCAGGAACUAUUUGAGCUAGAGCCACUCUCUGUUGAAUUCCUGGAGAGCAUAAUCGCGAGCUUUAAUCCCUAUAAAAACCUGUGGUACGCCUGCGCAAACUUCCUAAAGCUUGAGGACGCUACCUUGGGCAACCCGAUAGCGCAGCUGGACUUGGAUGAUGUGUGGAAUAGUCUAAUGAGGCUUCGCGACGAACUCACCGAGUCAAUGAAAACAUUUCACGAAAAAAUCGAGAUUAUGGAGGUGGCUAAAACGUUCAUUGCAAAGAUCGACGAUUUCGUUCCACUUUACAAUAGCAUUAAGGAUAUUCGAAAUGAGAACUGGAUGUACAUUCACUGGCAAGAACUAGGCGGGGUAACCGGGCAAGAGAUUAAGUACUCUGUAGCGAUGAACUAUCAGUACCUUAUACGUAAGGGAAUCUUGGACUUCCUGCUCGAAGUCCAUAUCAUCUCAGAGAAGGCCAACAACGAGGCGGAAGAAAUUCGGUGCGCCAUCGAGGAGGAAGAGAGGCGAAAGCAGGCCGAAUUGGAUGCUCUGCUGUUGCGCAAACAACUCCGCAAGUGUCGCAGGGAUAUACUAUAAAAUACUGUAGUUGUUGAAAUCGUUUUAAUGCAUUACAAGAUAGUUUCUGGAUAGACAUCUAUCUGCCUGAAACAAUGGUUCGACUGGGCUCUGGGAUGGUGCUCCUCUUUAUACCCGUUACUCGUAAAAUAAAUGGGUAUACAAGAUUCUUAGUAAGGCAUAUAUAUUCUUGAUCAGGAUUACUAUCCGAGUCGAUCUGGAUAUGUCGGUCUGUCCGUCCGUAUGAACGUCAAGAUCUCAGGAACUAUAAAAUAUAGAAAGAACAUAGACGUAGCGCAAGUUUGUUUCCUGAGAAGAGGACAGCCAAACGGUUUAGGAGAAUGUCAUUCAGGUAAUGACCGCCGAGUGCCGGGAGUAUUUUUGUGGUGGAUUGGGACCCAUUGCGCCAAGCUUCCCGCUACCCGGCGCCUCUGAGGAACCCUUCUUUCACGAGCCUACUACGACUAUGAGCCCACACAAGAGUCGCAGAACAAUGACAAUGCCGGAUGGGUACCCAGUGGGACUAAAGAGCUAACUAUACUCAUAUGCAGCAGCCUCCACCGGGCAUACCGAAUCUGAGAUGACUGUGCCACCGCCGCAGAUGGGCGGUCCACCACCAAAUUUAGCCCCAAAUAUGAGUGCGCCGCCGCAGAUGAAAAUGGGUGUAGCACCGCCACAGAGAUUGGUCAUGGGCAUUCGUGACGCCUACGACGGUUAUCGUGAGCGGAGAAGGCUCUUGAAGGAAAUACUUUUAUAAAAUAAUCACCUGAGAAAGGCCUUCCUUGAAAUGCUGCGGGAGCGCAAUGACAUCGAGAGGCACACUAGGGGGAUCCAAGGUACCGAUCACUGGACUCGAUCUAUCGUGAGGAGUACUUUGAAGACUAGCGAUCUCUUGACAAGGAUA